UUCUUCUCAACUUGACACAACUCAACCUGCCAUGGCAUCAUCCAGUGCAUAUAAGCUGUCAAACCAGCUUCAAGGGCAUCAGGGCGAUGUCCGAGCUGUGGCCACUCACUCCCACUCGAGCGGCUCUUCCCUCGUCAUCUCUGCCUCUCGCGACAAGACCGCAUCCGUAUGGACAAGACGUGCAGGUGGUCGCAAUUUUGAACCUCCAGAGACACUCCCUGGUCAUGGAGGGUACGUCAACUCGUGCGCGUGGCUUAGUGAUGGGGCAGACGGACUGUUCGCUCUCACCGGUGGGCAAGACAAGCUGGUGAAUGCAUACCAGGUCAAGGUUGGAGGCGACGGCAGGGCGAUACCGUCAAUCAGCGCAGACUUCACUUUAGUAGGGCACGAGGACAACGUAUCGACGCUCGAUGUUGGGCCAGGAGGCUCAUACGUCGUGAGCGGUAGCUGGGACAAGACGGCCCGAGUCUGGAAGAACUGGCAAUGCGUUGCGACCCUCAAAGGCCACCUCCAGGCAGUCUGGGCCGUCGUGGCUGUCGACUCAGAUCGCAUCCUGACUGCAUCAGCAGAUAAGCUUGUGCGUCUCUGGUCCAUCUCCAGGCCGCAAGAGCCCAUCGCAGUCUUCGCCGGCCACUCGGACGCAGUUCGCGGACUACACCUCCUGCCAGGAGAGGGAUCCUUCGCGAGCUGCUCAAACGACGGCAAUAUCAACGUGUGGUCCAUCUCUUCGCCCCACAGGCCAAUGCAGGUGCUCUCGGGGCAUACCAGCUUCGUCUACUCGCUGACCGCCCUGCCGACUGGAGAGCUCGUUAGCUCGGGGGAGGACAGAAGCGUUCGCAUCUGGAGGGAGGGGAGCUUGGUCCAGACGCUCACUGUCCCUGCUAUCUCGGUCUGGACAGUCGCAGCCUUGAGCGACGGCGAUGUUGUCUGUGGAAGUAGCGACAACUUCAUCCACAUCUUUACCAGGGAUGCCAGCCGUGUCGCAGAGGCUGGCGAGAUCGAGGCAUACGACCGAUCCGUCUCAUCACAGGCCCUGAACAAGACGCAAGUAGGCGACAUUCGCAAGGAUCAGGUGCCAGGUAAGGAGGCACUGAACAAGGCGGGCACACGUGAGGGCGAGACCAAGAUGGUCUCCGCCUCUGGCGGCGUAAUCGAAGCCUACCAAUGGUCCACUGCCAGUUCCUCUUGGGAAAAAGUAGGCGAAGUCGUAGGUGGCGUAGGAUCCGGCACAAAGAAGCUAUACGAGGGAAAGGAAUACGACUACGUCUUCGACGUCGACAUUGCGGAUGAUGCACCUCCCCUCAAGCUCCCGUACAACCUGAGCGAAAACGCCUACAUGGCGGCGCAACGCUUUUUGGAGAGGAAUGAGCUGCCUAUGAGCUAUCUUGAGCAGGUGGUUGGCUUCAUCGACAAGAACACGGAGGGUCAGACCCUCGGUGUUGGCCAGGAUACGAGUACCUACGUGGAUCCUUACUCCGGAACCGGGAGGUACAUUCCGCCGCCGGCCGGAGGUGCAGGGGGUAGUAAUGGGGCUGCGCAGCCUGGAGCAGCAGCGGCGACGAAGGCUCUGGCCAUAUUGCCCGUCCGCGAAGCGCAGUCGUUCAAGCAAGCCAACCUUCCUGCCCUGGAAGGCAAGCUGAAGGAGCUAAGCGCGACUCACAGCGGCGGGAGCGUGGAUGCGACGCAGACUGUCGCCCAGCUCACUGCGGCGCUUCAAGCUGGCGCCGCUGCCACUCCUAUAGACCUGAGCCCCAUCCUGUCCGGCCUAGAAUCAUGGCCCAGCUCGGCACGCUUCCCGCUCCUCGACCUCGUCAGGCUCGCAUGCCUCUUCCCUACCACUCCAGCAGCAAACGAGCUUCUUCCACUCAUCCUGUCCGCCUCUGGGUGGCACGCGGCUUCCUGGCCAUCAACUGACAGCAAGGCGGCAGAGACGAACACAAUGCUUUGCGCCCGCGCACUAGCUAAUGCCUUUUCGUCUUCCACGGCAACGGGUGGCUCUGCACUUCUCUCGAGCUCGACGGGUGCGGCAGACUUGCAGCCGCUCCUGGCAUGCCCACACUUCGCUCACCUCAGCAAGCCAGGCCGUGUGGCCUUCGCAACCGUCUUGCUGAACUUGUCGACCAACCUUGUCUCCGGCAGCAACGCUAUUGACUCCUCUGCUCUCUUGGAGGCAAUCAAUCGUCUCUUGACCGAAGAGCCCGGAGACGAUGAAGUGGUCUAUCGCACGCUGAUAGCGCAGGGCAAUGUGCUGUUCGCGGCGGGUGAGGGCAAAAAGAGCGGCAAGCCUGUGACUUUGCCUGUGGGAGCCGUUCAGCUGGGAGGGGAUGCGGCUCAAGCGUGGGGCCAGAGGUUGGGCGGUGGGUCACCCCGAAUAAAGGAAGUACUGGAGGAGAUUACGGAGGUGGGAAAGAGGCUGUGAGCGUGCCGGGUAGCAUAUAGAAUGAGAGGAGAAGGGGCAGAAGCAACAGUGUAGAAGGAAUGAAUACAUUGGCUGGUAUAAUGACGUUGAU